UGUCUGGAGUACAGGAAGAUAAAAGCUAUGAAGCAUCGACUUCAGGCGCGCCUACAAAUACAAACAAUUCUUUACUGUCAACCCAUCCUACUCGGGAAGGAACACGAUUUAGCUUAUUUAAAGAGAAACAGAAAAAGAUACCUGCUAUGCAAGGAUUGAAGACCAUUAUCCUAUCCUCCUAUGUGAAUUUACUCCUCGUGUUUGUACCUAUCGGAAUUGCUUCUCAUUUUGUCUGGUCUCCUACUAUUACCUUUAUUAUGAACUUCUUGGCAAUCGUUCCGUUGGCUAAGCUCCUUGGGUUUGCUACUGAAGACAUCGCCCUUCGUACAGGAGAGGUUAUUGGUGGUUUAUUAAAUGCCACAUUCGGUAACGCUGUAGAACUUAUCAUCAGUAUCAUCUCACUCACCCAAAAUCUGGUCGUUGUCGUGCAAGCAUCUAUGCUCGGUUCUAUUCUUUCAAACUUACUUCUCGUCCUUGGCAUGUGUUUUUGGGGAGGUGGUUACUACUACAAAGAGCAACACUUCAACAAGACUGUGGCUCAGACUUCAGCCUCACUCCUGUUUAUCUCUGUAGCUUCUCUCUUAAUCCCUGCCUCAUUUUACGGUUCAAUCACUUCAGCUAGAUCAGAAUCAAACGAGGAUCUGACUCAGGAUAUUCUCCGCAUCUCAAGAGCCACCUCUGUCAUCUUGCUCGUUCUUUACUUUUCAUAUAUAUUUUUCCAAGUAAGGACACACAAGCACUUGUUCAUAGGACCAACCAUUGUAGAAAGUCGUGACAUCACUAGACGUCCAGACGUUGAAGGAGGUUCAAGACAAGAAGAGGAAGAAGAAGAGGAGGAGGAAGAGCCACAAUUACCUGCUUGGAUGGCUGUUGCCUUACUAGUUGUCGUAACUGCCCUUGUCGGUGUCUGUGCCGAAUUCCUCGUUUCUGCUAUUGAAGAUGUCACCAAAGUUUGGCAUAUCAGUGAAACGUUUGUAGGUUUGAUUUUGCUCCCUAUUGUGGGUAAUGCUGCUGAGCAUCUUACUGCUGUAACUUGUGCCAUCAAGAAUAAGAUGGAUCUUGCCCUGGGUGUGGCUGUCGGAAGUAGUAUGCAGAUUGCUCUGUUAGUAACACCCUUGAUGGUGAUCAUUGGCUGGGGCAUGAAUGUCGAGAUGAGCUUAUACUUUAACAUCUAUGAAACAGCUAUUUUGUUUAUUGCUGUUAUCAUGGUGAACUACUUGAUCAUGGACGGUGAAAGCAAUUGGUUGGAAGGAUUGAUGCUUGUGGCUGUCUACAUUGUGAUUGCUAUCAGUUUCUAUUAUUACCCAGAUGAGACUAGUGCCAGUACAGGAGCUUUGCCUACUGGUAACACUACUGUAUCAUCAUAG